GUGGUGUUGAUGAAGUUGAAGAAAUUUUACACCAAUUUUCCGGAAAUUAUUUAUUAAAUACCAGGAUGCUACAUUAGAAUUCAAACUGUUUGUGAUGCCAACAUCGACCAUUCCAACAUUCAUCAACAAGGUAUGAUUGGGAUACCAAUUUUCGUCAAACUGUCACGAAAUCACUCAAUGGGAUGAACGAAGAGGAUCUUAUAAAAAGAUCUGCUGAAGAGCGAGAGAAAAUAUUCAAACGUUAUGAACAGGGUCGAGAAGGUGCUGAAAUCGACCCUUGGGAAGAUCCCGGAUUUGAAGUUUACCAUGCUACAGACAGAUAUGGAUUUAUUCAUGAUAAACGUUUGCCAUCCAAAGUGGACCCGCAAGAAACCAGAAAACUACAUAUUGAGGUAGAAAGACAGAAAAAGUGGUUGAAAAUGUUGAAGAAUUGGGAAUCUCCACAAACAAAAGAAAAGUUGCAUUCAAGAGUCUACAAAGGCGUGCCCAACUCCUUGCGCAGCGACGUCUGGUUGAAAUUGUUGCACAUUGAAAAAAUCAAAAAAGAAAAUAAGGGCAAGUACCAGGAAAUGAUGAAAUUGGCCAGGAAAUAUUCCACAGACGCCAGACAAAUUGAUUCUGAUGUCAAUAGACAAUUUAGGGAACACUUGCACUACAGAGAACGCUACAGCAUCAAACAACAAAUGCUGUUCAACGUUUUAACAGCUUAUGCAAUGUACAAUUCUGAAGUUGGUUACUGUCAAGGAAUGUCAGGUGUUGCAGGUGUACUUCUAAUGUACAUGGAUGAAGAAGAUGCUUUUUGGGCUGUACAUAUUCUACUCAGUGAUCCCAAAUAUGCAAUGCACGGGCUCUAUAAGGAAGGGUUUCCGAAAUUGACCCGGUUUCUGGCCCACCACGAUAAAAUCCUCACCAAGCUCUUGCCAAAAGUGAAAAAACAUUUCGAUAAACACGGACUGGAUACUAUUUUGUAUUCGUUGAAGUGGUUUUUUGUUUGUUUUAUUGAAAGGGUACCAUUUAGUUUAUGCUUAAGAAUCUGGGAUAUAUAUUUAUAUGAUGGCGAACGUGUGGUGACUGCCAUGGCCUUUACAAUACUCAAAAUGCAUAAGAGGAGCCUGUUGAGGUUCAACGAUAUGGACACCAUUGUAAAUUUUAUCCAAGUUAAAUUGUACAAAGAUUUUUUGUUCGAUGACGACACGGUCGUCCGCGAAUUGGAGCACUCGUUGGAGUUGCUGAAGAAAAGUAAACUGGACCAUCCCGGUCCGCCGCACAACGACGAAAUUCCUCAAAGACCUUUCGGUGUGUUUUUGGAGCCUACGUUUGAGGAUAUUGUUGGGAUUAGGAAAGAGAAAUUUAGUGAGAAAGAAAAGCAAACGCAAGAGAUAGUGACGCUAACCAGCGACAUGGCCCGCGAAUCAGGAGCGGAAAAAGACGAUGAAAAAGAGAGCCACUUGUCAGUUGGAGAUUCAGUCGGCUAUACAGGUUCGAAGUUCUCGUUUGAUCCGUCGAUGGACGACGCCAGUUCACUGUUGGAUUGUGAACACAACGGUUCGAGACGGUCAUUGGCUGAUACUAGUGUGACGUCGACAGCAGACCUGUCCGUUUUUUCCACGGUGACUCGGUCGCAAGCUCACGAAAACAGUUUGGACACGCACAGCAAUAUGAGCGACAAUUCGGUCGGCGGGACAAGCUCAGUUGGAUCAGGUUUCAUGCAAAACAAACCAAUAACCAGCGCUCAAUCCACACCGAGAGCCACGCCUCACAACCCUAGUCCUGACGUGUUGCGCAUCUACGUGCCCUACACACCCUUAGAAACAACAUACUCGCCCUCAGAAACCCCCAUACCGAGUCCUCAUAAUGGAGACCUCCAAAAGAUCCAUCAUCCCAGUUCGUUUCCCGAAAUGAACAAAAUCCGGAUUCGGAUCGACAGCGACGAGCUGGCAACACCUUUAGUAGAGCACGGGCAAAUUAAACAUUUCCGUUUGGAGAGUCCCGGCGAGGUCGAUUUGAAUUAGUAGUUUGCAACCAAAGAAUUGAUAUUGUUUUAGGUCAAUUAUUUUUAUAAAAAUAGAAAAAAAAUAUAUAUACAUCUAGUCUUGAAGCAAGAAAGUUUUUGGUGCAGACUUAAUAGGAUUUUAUGGGACCUUUUAUUUUUGUUGAUUCUAGUAAUCUUUAGAUCAAUGAAACAAGUAGGCUGGUUAAAAUUGUUCAAUUUGGAAGCAAUUAUUAUGAGUUUUCAAAUCUUAUACCCAGUGUGUACCCAGGAUUCUGAAAAGUAGAACAAAUAUAAAAAAACUUGAAAUCUUAGCAGGUUUUUAAAAAGCUCAAAUUGUUGAAACAUUCUGAUUAUUAAAAAUAGUUUAAGCAAAAAGUCUAAAAGUCCAUGAGACUGGAACUUUGAAGUUUAACCAUUAAAACUUUGGUUAAGCAUUUUGACUAUUUAAUCAUAGUCUUCAUGUGACUCGGAAUUUGCAUUUUGAACCUUUGAAGUAGACUUUUUUGUGAAACGUAGCUGGAAAAAGAAGACUUCAAAAAGUUCAGAAGAAUUCAAAAAAAUCUAGUUGGUAAAUGAAAAUUUCCAGAUUCUACCCUAGGAUCUAACGAACUAAAUCACAAUCUAGACAGUUGUAACAGUACUAUAGUCCAGUUCUGAAUUUGAAAAAAAGAAACGACUUUUAGGCAAUAAUUAUGCAUUAAAUUGAGAUUAUGAAUCUUAAGAAUCAAGUGAUCGUUUUAGCAUUUAGUUUAAGAAAUAUUGUUUCUAAGGCCUAGUCCACAUCAACAUAAAUUGUAUUAGUAGAAAAGUUUUUUCCGGGCUUUAAUGCCAUGGUCGAGUAGUAUUUAUACCUAACGUUUCGUCUACUGCUGCGGUAGACAUCUUUAGAGGCGGUGUGUUUUUUAUAUAAAUUGUAUUGAUAAGAUUUAAGAGAUGCAUGAGAUCAAUGUUGCCACCUUUACGAAGUUUUCAUUGGCAAAAGGAGAAUCCUAAAGUAAAACAGGCCUCAUUUAUUUUGUUGGUGCGAACUAGGCUUAAUUAAAAGUAUCAGACACUCAAAAGUGCAUUUUUUAGAUUUAAUUGUGCCAUAAGUUUAUUCUCGAACGAAAUUCUCUAAUAUAUUUUUAUUUAUUUAUUUUUACAUCUAUUUGUGGUGAAAGGCUUUGAUAUUAAUUAGGAUAACUACCAAAAAAAUACUCUUUGUUUAUAGCCUAAGUUUUAGAUAUAGUGAGCCUUUUUGUUAGAAAGAAGCUCAAUGUGUACAGGGUGAGUUUUAUAAAAUUGAAUAAACUCAUUAUAAGUAACGAAGAUUUGAAUAGAAGUAACUUAUAAUGAAUUAAUUCCAUUCACACUCGCCAUAGUGUAUAAAAUAUUUUCUAAAAAAAAAUCUUCCACUUUAGAAAAUUAGCUAUAAAGAAAAAUCUAAUUUUCCAUUGAGUUAUUAAGAGGUUUUUUUAUCCCCUCCUCCUUUUGUAUAGUGUGAUACCUGCAAUAAUGAAUGUGUUGUAAAAAUUUACACUUGAAGAUGUUCAUGGUAAAUUAUUGUUAAAAACAAUCAUUCCUAGAAUGAAUAUAGUGUAUAGUUGAUUUUUUUCGCAAGUAAAUGAUGAUGUUACAUCUUGGUCCAUUGAAAAAAAAAAUAUAUUCAAAAAUCAGCAAAAGAAAAGAUCUGAAAGGAAAUUAAUAAACAUAUACAGGGUGUCCCACAAGGGUGAUAAUUUUGGACCGCGUCAUCCAUUGUAUUUUAAAUUUUGAGGUACUUUUUGUGUCGUUUCUACAUGUGUCAUCCAAUUUUAGACAAUUAAAUUACAAAAUCAGCAAUGCCAUAUUUGUUAAGGCUUUGUUAAAGAAAAUGAUUAAAAAAAUACACAGUGGAACAUACGAUGACACGUUCCGAAAUUAUCACCUGGGACAAAUCUCGUGAGACAUCCUGUAUUAAAUACAUUUUUCAUUGAUUUUCCAAUAAAUUUUUCUACCCUGUGAUAUAAAUAUUGUUCUUUUUAAUUGACUUAAAGGUGUAACAGAAUGACUUACAAUUCAAACAAAAAUUUACUUCACUAAAAUGACAAAAUUGUGUCCUUAAUAAUGUUGAAUACAAAGGAAAGUGACAAGAUAAAGACAGUUGUCAGCGUUUUGGUUGUAUUUUUGAAACCUUCAUCAGGACUUAUUAUGAUUACAGAAACCUUACUCACUGCUGUCUAUAUCCUGCCAAUUUCCUCCCUACUAUAAUAUUAUAUACGAUGACAAUGUCUAAAUUUUGUAAUAAAAGUUAAUUUACAGAAAAAAAACAUUAUUUCGCAGGUCUUUUAUCCAGUGAUUGCUGCUGAUUUCCAUCGUCUCUGUCCUCAUUUUUUACCUUUCUUCCCUUUGCCCUUUUUAUCGCCUUUGGGUUUAGCAGCCUUUGCAGGUGCCUCACUUUGCAAGCCAGCAUCUACCGUGUCGUACUGAGUUUCUCUC